ACAGUAUGUAAGCUGGGACUCAUCAGAUCACCGUUUACUGGUCCUAUAACUUUACGGCGGCGACGCCAUUAAAACCACCACCACCACCAGAACUUGUUUCUCUCUCUACUUUAUCUUCAAAGUGACUGAAGCCAAAAUUCUAUAUAUCUUUAUCUUUCUCUAUCACUCUCAAUCUUUGUGUAAAGAAAGAAAGAUUCUUUGCUUUAUUUGUAAAAAACAGUGAUCGUCCGUUGAGGAAUGUAUCUAAAGCUUGCUGUUCAAAGAGGGAAAGAAAAGUAAUAUAAAGUAAGAGAAGAAGAAAAUAGAAGAUAGAAGAAGAAGAUUUGUAAAAAAAAAGAGGAGGAGUUGAUUUAGUCGCUGUAAUUGAAGAUGGAUGCAAGUGUUCUUGAUAGUAUAAUAAAUCGUUUACUUGAAGUAAGAAAUAAACCAGGGAAACAAGUUCAAUUAUCUGAGUCAGAAAUUAGACAACUUUGUGUUGUUUCUAAAGAGAUUUUUAUGCAGCAACCUGUUCUUUUGGAGCUUCAAGCCCCCAUCAAAAUUUGUGGUGAUAUUCAUGGCCAAUAUUCUGACCUCUUACGGCUGUUUGAGUACGGUGGACUACCACCUAAGGCUAACUACUUAUUCUUAGGGGAUUAUGUAGAUAGGGGCAAGCAAAGCCUGGAAACAGUAUGCCUUUUACUUGCUUAUAAAAUAAAGUAUCCAGAGAACUUUUUCCUUUUGAGAGGCAAUCAUGAAUGUGCAUCGAUAAACCGUAUCUAUGGGUUUUAUGAUGAAUGCAAGAGAAGAUUCAAUGUCAGGUUGUGGAAAGUCUUCACAGAUUGUUUUAACUGCCUACCUGUAGCUGCCCUCGUUGACGAAAAGAUUUUGUGCAUGCAUGGGGGUCUUUCUCCUGACCUACAUAAUUUGGAUCAAAUUCGAAAUAUACAACGUCCAACUGAUGUCCCUGACACAGGUUUGCUUUGUGAUCUUCUGUGGUCAGACCCCAGUAAAGAUGUUAAAGGUUGGGGAAUGAAUGAUAGAGGAGUUUCAUACACCUUCGGUGCUGAUAAAGUGACGGAGUUUCUUCAGAAGCAGGAUCUGGACCUUAUUUGCCGUGCUCAUCAGGUUGUGGAGGAUGGGUAUGAGUUCUUUGCUAAUCGGCAACUCGUGACAGUAUUUUCAGCACCUAACUACUGCGGUGAGUUUGACAAUGCAGGUGCCAUGAUGAGUGUAGAUGAUACCUUAAUGUGCUCUUUCCAAGUACUAAAGCCUGCUGACAAAAGUCGUUCCUUGGCGCUAAAGUAUAAUAUUUGAUGGGGAGCUCAAGUAACGUCAUCAUCGUUGACGAUGCCAAUACAAAUGGAAUGGGCUGAUUUUCAAUAACUCAGUGCUAACUGUAACUGCUUUAGACGAUUAAUAUAUGCACUCAUAAAUGUCUUGUGUGUUUUUUUUUUGUUUUUUUUUUGUUUUUUUUUUUCUGAAUGAUUCUGGGAACCCUUUGUUACUUCGCAUGUUCAAGAGUGAGAAGUGAGAACCUGUAUAAAGGACGUGCCACUGAAAAUGCCUCAAGUCAUGCAAUUGUUUGGAUCCUGGACCUCGUUUUCGGCAUGGGUACCGGACGAAUAGCGGCCAAAGUUAAAUAGGUACACUGAUUGUUGGCUUUGGAUUCAAGUCAUAGCUCAGAUUCAGACUUGCGAACACCAAAUUGGUAGCGGGAUUUCAGAACACUGCCUUCUCUUGGGUACAUUGGAUAAUUGCCAAGUUGUUGAAUCCCUCGGUGAAACGGAACUAGGCCACCAGUGGUUUUUCUUUUUCUUUUUUUUGUGGAUUUCACUAGAGCCUCGAAAUGGACUCUAGGAUAUUGCUUCCCACAACCUUUGAUAAUUCCAAAAAAGAAUUUUCAGACUUCCAAA